AUGCAAUUUAAGGAGUUUGUCCAUGGAAUGCCCUAUCUGUCCUUUACCAGGGUGGGAGUGUCUGGGAACAUUGUGGUCAUCUGGGCUUUCCUCUUGGCCUUGUACCAGGACAAUCAGUUCCUCCCAGCCAAUGCUAUUGUCUUGCAUUUGGCUUGUUCCAAUCUGCUGGUGGUGGGCAUGCAUUGUCUGUUAGAGACCUUGGCCUCCUUCCGUCAGGUCAGUGAUGGGGAUGUUUGCUGCAAGGCUGUGAUCUUUGUCUACAGGACUUCAUACUCCCUCUCCAUUUGGCUCACUUUUGUCUUGAGUGCCCACCAGUGUCUGAGCAUUGCCCCUCCUGGUUCACGCUGGGCCUCCAUCCGGGCCCUGGCUGCUUCCUACCUAGUAUUUGUCUUCUUCCUCCUCAGUGUCAUCAACACCUGCAUGAGUUCAACAGACAUCUUCUUCCUGGGCACCCAGAAUGACUCCAAUCUCAUGAACCACGGCAACAAUGUCCAGUUCUGCUAUGUACGCUUCCCAUCCAAGUUAAUAAAGGAUGCCAAUGGGGCAACCCAGGUGGGCAGGAACAUGACACCAAUGGCCCUAAUGAUCCUGUCCAGUGUAAUUAUCCUGGUCUUCCUCUACAGACACAGCAAGCCCUCCUCCUAA